GGUCUCAGGAUAUGGGGUGUGGGGAUCUCAUGCUACCAGAAGGGCCCUGCCCCAGCCACAGUGUUGGGGUGGCUCCACCCAGUCUCUUCCUCCUGCCAUCUCUGCUGACUCACCACCAGGGCGAUGGCUCUUACUCCAGAGCUGAGCCAGGCAUCAAAGGCAUAUAUAAGAGCAGCCAGGUCCAGGCCCUAGCAUCCUGCUUGAUCAUCACCUGUCACCACACAAUGCUGGGAGGCCUGGGGAAACUUGCCGCCGAGGGCCUGGCCCACCGCACGGAGAAGGCCACCGAGGAAGCAGUUCACGUUGUGGAGGGAGUGGUGAAGGAGGUGGUGGAGCAUGCCAAGGAGGCUGGAGAGAAUGCCGUUGCUGAAGCUUUGAAGAAGGCCCACGAGACAGGGGACAAAGUAGUAAAGGAAGUCACUGACACAGUGACCAACACAGUCACAAAUGCUGUCACACACGCAGCAGAAGGCCUUGGAAAACUGGGACAGUGAUCAUGCCUGCCACAUGCAGGCUCUUCCUGAAUUGCAAUAAAAGCUGUGAAAUGUG